GUUAAUGCCUCGCAGUUGUGAAUGAGCGCCUCCGCUAAAAGACUGGUUUAUGCUAGGAUGUGAACGGAUGGAGUCGGUUGAGUUGCCCACCUUUUCUGUGAGUUGUGUGACGAGUGACGAUGUAAAUGCAAAUUUACCAAGAAAUGUCGCGGCGACCAAUCUUUGUCCUCCUGUUGGCCACUGCCGCUUAUGGCACGACAACAGUGGCGCCUUUACGUCAACACGUCAGCGGCGCUAGCAAGGGUAUCCUCGUUGACAAUGGAUUUGCAUCUGGAGGAGGGCCGCAUGAUUCCGAGAGCCAAGAUGUCGCAAGGCGAUUGGCAGCAUCCAAUGGUCCGAGAGCAGAUGAUCAGGACUACAACUUCAAACCGAUGUCCGAGUUUCCUGCCCACGACCUGCCAGAUAUCGUCGACGGCGAAAUCUCUUUUCCAGAGUUCUACGAACGGUAUAUCCGAACGCACACGCCGGUUUUGUUUCGCAAGGCACUUGUACUAGGGAACAAUCCCACAUCAAGUUAAGGCUUCCCCUAACCCAUCCCUUCUGUAGGGAUCCCUCAAACAUAUGCGCCCCAAUACAAGGGAGAUACUGACGCAUAUGCUUGAGGGAUUUCCACAGGGAUGAAUAGGGGAGAGCUCUAAUCAAGGGAUGAACAUGGUGGAGAGGAAGAUCAAAUACCUACUACUUCUAACCCCUUCUACAAUCUGUGGACAGAUGCUUAUUUUGCGCAGAAUGUACCGGAUCUGAAGGUUCCGGCAGAGAAGCAAAAAAGCGAAAUUCGUGAUGGACCUAUGUUAUGAUCACAUGGAUGCAAAGUGUUUUGCAUGUUUUCUAGAUCUAGGUUGCAAGUUUUUUCCAACAUCAGUGGGUAUCAGUUGAUCGAUCUUCCAGCGACGUCUCCCAAAAAGCAAGUGCCAAUAAACUUUCUUGGCCUUUGUGUAACUACGAUCAUGUGGUUUUGUCCAGAAUCGCUUUUUAGAUCCUGCUUUCAUGGCCCACCGAGUUGACGAUGCGUGAAUUCCUGAACCGUUACAAGGCAGAGGAGUUAUAUGGUAUCGGCUAUCUGGAGGAGAUCGAUACCACGCGAAAGCCUGCAAAACUGCUCAAGGAAAUGGACUACGAAUUGCAGAGCCAGAAGACAAGCAAACGGAAAGUAGAUGUAGGAGCAAUACCAGGUGCGGGUGGAGGAUCUUCUUCUUCUAGUAGCAACAAAGACGAGGAUCCACGGACGAUUCUUCGCCGAGACGUCGAGAUACCACGUAUGCUAGCCUGUGGAGAAGUGCUAUUUCAGUCUCUGAGCUUUUGGUUCUCUUCGGGUGGCACUAUUAAGGCUCAGUUUUCAAUGGUAUAGGUAUCAUUUAGAUUGGAGUCACUGAGAUCGAAGAAGCAACCCCUUGAGAGAACAGGGGAAAACGAAGGGAAAGGGGAGAGCUUUGAUGGGGGUCAGUCUCUUCCGUUUGGCAUCAGUGGCCACUGACUGCUGGCCUUUGAUAUGAGUAAGACAAUGUGCGCACCACGUGCAUUCAUUGCUCAUGAUGUAAGUAAGCGUAAUGUAAAGCUAAGGCGAUUGCUAUCGAGUCAUGAUGACCAUUGAAGGCUGAGCUUUAACACUAGCAGCGUUUUGCACCAGGACGAUGCGGAUAACCUGCUGAUCAUGCAGAACGGCAGGAAGGUCGUGACGCUGAUAGAGGAAAAGUACUCACGGGAAAUCUAUGCCAAGCGUGGAGUCAGCAAAGCGCAUCAAGACCAGGUGGAUUUGAGGGAGUAUCCGAGGUUUCGCAAUGUACCUAAACUGCGAGUGCUGAUUUAAGGGUACAGGUUAAACGGUAAGCUUUUGUUGGGUACUACUUUAAAGGUGAUUGCUUUUGUUACUGUUUGUUAUGGCUCUCUCCCUUAGGUGGGGGUUAAACGGUAAGCUUUUGUUACCGUUAUGGCUCUCUCCCUUAGGUGGGGACAGCCACAACAAGCGGGAGAACCCACGAACAGGAAGAACCUGCACCUCUAAGUGAUGGAAGAAGGAGACGCGCUUUUUAUCCCCUAUGGCAUGUUCCACCAAGUAAACAGCGAAGGCGAACGUAACUUAGCGGUGAAUGCUUGGUGGUUAUUGCAGGACCACUUCAAAUGGAUGGAGCCUUUGGACGACUCGGUUGUGGAUUACGGCGUUGUGAGACCGAAGUUGAGUAAUGCGACACAUAGUUGUACGCCUUUGUUAAGGCUCAAGAACUUUCAGAAGUGGUCAUUGACAUUGACGUUGGAGUCACUGAGAUCGAAGAGGAGGUCCCUUCUUGAGAGAACCAACAGGGGAGAUAUAAAUGAGAGGGGAAAAGUAGGGGAGAGCUUUGAAGGCUGCCUCUUCCGUUCAGCAACAGUGACCACUAAGUGUCGACCUUUAACUUUGGUAGCUGGUCGUGCUGGUGGUAGUGCUGAUCGCUUAUACUCCAUGAAUUUGAAUCCCCCAGUGCCAGGCGCUGGCCCACAUCCCCGAGUUGCGCCUCGAGCUACGUUUGCAGAUGUCUCUUUCUUCGAUGAAGGGACGCUGAGGACGGUGAUGGAAUUGUUGAAACGACGAUACCUGAAGCGGCAGCACUACAACAUGCGGGAGCAAUACGAGUAUGAGGAACAUUAUGGACAGGAGGACAGGACGAGGUUUGUAAUUUCUGACUAGCACGAGAUUGAAACUGUUUAGAGCAUCAAGAAAAGUGCAAGACGAAUGAUACAUGAUUAGUACAUUGUAGAUGAGGGCGUUCAUAGCCCGAGGACAGCGCAGAAAAAUGCAGAGUUGUGAGCGGUCCAAGCGCUGGAGAUGAGUUCGUCAAUGCCGGUAGGAAUACACGUGCAGGUAUGAGCCCGAAAGCGCCGUUACUACGGGGGACAUGAACAAGACUAAGCAGAGCGCCUCCCUGUUUGUUAGUUUCGUGAAGUUUUCAAAUUCAACAUGAC